AGCGCCAAGUAAAUUUGACACGCACCGCAUCUCGCUCCACCUUCGCAUAAUCACAUUCUUGUUCUUCGAAUUCGCCGAUUACAUUCUAGUGGCUCCAAGAAAUGGAAGCAGGAGGAGGUAAACUGAAGAAGGGAGCUGGUGGCCGGAAGGGCGGCGGUCCAAAGAAGAAGGCGGUCUCCCGGUCCGUCAAGGCUGGCCUCCAGUUCCCCGUGGGAAGGAUCGGUCGGUAUCUCAAAAAGGGCCGCUACGCCCAGCGGGUGGGUUCCGGUGCCCCCGUUUAUAUGGCUGCUGUGCUUGAGUACCUCGCAGCUGAGGUGUUGGAAUUGGCAGGGAACGCGGCGAGGGACAACAAGAAAAACAGGAUAAUUCCGAGGCACGUGCUGCUGGCGGUGAGGAACGAUGAGGAGCUCGGAAAGCUGCUCGCCGGAGUGACGAUUGCGCACGGCGGAGUGCUGCCUAACAUCAACCCGGUGCUCCUUCCGAAGAAGUCGGACAAGGCUGGGGCCGCUGAGAAGUCGCCGUCCAAGGCUGGCAAGUCACCUAAGAAGGCCACUGCUUAGUUUUCGAUGAUAUGUCAAUGUUUUUUUGGAGAUUGGGAUUGGGAUGUUGUAGAGGUUGAUUUGCUGUUGUUAUGUAGGAUUGGAUGUGUUUAUAAUUGUAGUUGUAUCCUGCUUUGCCAUCACUCACCAAAUACUCCAUUUCUUUUCUAA